AUGAAUCACGAUAGUUUCUCUUCCCUAAAAUUUCGACGGUCGUCAAGCAAGCUUCAGAAAGACCCCCCGAGCUUCACCUCCCGCAUCCUGAAGAGUCAACAGAGCAAUACCUCUCUCAAACGACACCCCUCAGCCCCCGUCUACCCUCGCUCCGCUGCUAGUGGAGGCCGAGAGCACACUCGCACGAGAUCUAACGCAUACGGCUCAUCGUCAUCCUCCCUCGAUCAGAAUAGCGGCAAUCCGUCUCCGGCACACUCUGGCAACGAGUCGGGAUAUUUUCCGAAUAACAACAACAACAACAACAAUUCUUCGUCCAAAUACCGUCCUCCCCCCGCCGGUCGCUUCUCGCUUAGUGAGCAAAGCUCAGAUGAACUAAUUGGCACCCCGAUCGAUACUCGGGGCAUGCUCAGCUCUUUGAAAGAGAAUUCGACUGAGCCCGGUCCCGUUCCCGAGAAGCCCCCGACCCUGCGGUCUGCCACAAGCCCUGAAACUCGAGGAUUGAGACAGUCUGCCAGCCUCGCUACCUUACAGAGCCGGAUGGAGACGUUUGUGCACAGGGCGACCGACAAUGACCGCUCGGCUAAUCCGAAGCGUCUUUCCGAUGAGGGUAACACAACGACCAGGCCAUUCGCGGGCAGAAGCAAGAAGAGCAGUUUCUCAAGCUUCGUCAAUAGUAUGUUAGGUUCUCCACGAGGCAUCAAGAUCUCCGCUCCAGAGAAUCCAGUCCACGUCACUCAUGUCGGCUACGAUAACCAAACCGGCCAAUUUACAGGCCUUCCGAAAGAAUGGCAACGGUUACUGCAGGAGAGUGGCAUCUCCAAGAAGGAGCAGGAAGAACACCCACAGACCAUGGUUGAUAUUAUGAGGUUCUACGAGAAGAAUGCCCGUGGUGAUGAUGAGGUUUGGCACAAAUUCGAUCAUGCAUACCCGCAACACCCGUCAGCCGCCAGUCCGGCCUCCGGCCCCGGAUCCUACGGCCCUGGAUCGCAAAGAGUGUCUCCUCCAACAAGUCCCCGAUUCCCUCAGAACCAUGAAGGUAGCUUUGAGAAUCCCCGGGCGCCACCUCCGAUUCCUCGCGGUGCUCCUGCAGCGGCCCAAGCCAUGUCACCAUCGGCGGGUGGCUUUGUUCCCAACCGGGCCCCGCCAAAGCCCCCAAGCGCAGGCACCAUCACUCCUGCUCGCCCCGCCCCUCAGCCUCCUACUACAACCACAUACGCCGCAGCACCAGUGCGUGCAGCCCAGGAUGCCUAUGCUCAGGCAUACGCCACGCCCCCGAUCCCGGAGACGGAGCCUCUGCCCAAGGAACAGCACCCGUUGAGUCGAUCCAACUCUAAGGCCAACGGUACGCCCGUGCCCUGGACGGCACCGUCUCCGGCACAGUAUCAGCAACAACAGGAACAGGCUAUGGCUGCAGCCCAGCAGGCGAUCGUCAACAAACAACUUGAGCGCAGCCGCAGCCAGCGUCAGCAGCAAGCCGCUCGUGCGGAACAGAAGCAACCUUCGCAGCAAGCACCUCCCCAACAUAUUACACCCGUGGAAGAGACAUCUGCUUCGAUGCAGCAUGCCCGCGCUGCUCCAGCUGCGGCUGCGGCUGCCGCCGCCACCGCUCCCGCCGCUCGUCCGCGGCAACGGGCCCGCCAGAGUAACGCCAUGGAUGUUAGACAACGACUACUUGCUAUUUGCACACCCGGUGACCCGACCAAACUGUACCACCAUCUCAACAAGAUUGGCCAGGGAGCGUCGGGCGGCGUUUUCACUGCUUAUGAAAAUAAUUCUAAUAGUUGUGUCGCCAUCAAGCAGAUGAACCUGGACUUGCAACCUAAGAAGGACCUCAUCAUCAACGAAAUUCUGGUCAUGAAGGACAGCAAGCAUAGGAAUAUCGUCAAUUUUCUGGACAGCUAUCUGCAUGGUCUUGAUCUCUGGGUCGUGAUGGAAUAUAUGGAGGGUGGUAGUUUAACAGACGUGGUCACUUUCAACAUCAUGAGCGAGGGGCAGAUUGCUGCUGUUUGCAGAGAGACUCUGAGUGGUUUGCAGCAUCUGCACUCGAAAGGUGUCAUCCAUCGUGACAUCAAGUCGGACAACAUUCUCCUGUCCUUGGAUGGCAACAUCAAAUUGACCGAUUUCGGUUUCUGUGCCCAGAUCAAUGAUUCGCAUAAUAAGCGAAACACUAUGGUUGGUACGCCCUACUGGAUGGCACCAGAAGUCGUCACCCGAAAGGAGUAUGGUCGCAAGGUCGACAUCUGGAGUUUGGGAAUCAUGGCAAUCGAGAUGAUUGAGGGCGAGCCCCCUUAUCUGACCGAGUCCCCUCUGCGAGCGCUGUACUUGAUCGCAACCAACGGCACGCCCACAAUCAAGGACGAACAUAACCUGUCUCCUGUUUUCCGGGACUUCCUGCACCUCGCGCUCAAGGUGGACCCUGAGAAGAGAGCGUCAGCCCAUGAUCUGCUCAAGCAUCCGUUCAUGUCUCUCUGCGCUCCUCUCUCGCAUCUGUCGCCGCUUGUCAAGGCUGCACGAGCCAACAGAGCGCAAGAAAAGGCUCAAAAGGGGGGCGCCUAG